AUGGAACCUAACAAUCAUGAGAAUGACGGGGGUGAGUGUGAUUGGAAGCCUAGAGUUCGCAUGACGUUUGAUACAGAACAAGAAGCAUAUGAUUUCUAUAAUACUUAUGGAGGAAGGUUGGGCUUUAGUAUUAGAAGGGGUUAUGUAAACAAGAGCAAAGACGGGCAAAUCACUUCAAGGCAAUUUGUUUGUAAUAAGGAAGGAUUUCGGGUUGUCGACAAGCGAGAUUCAUUAACAAAAAAUCCUAGGCAGGAAGUGAGGACUGGUUGUCAAGCCCGAGUUGUCAUUAAGUGGGAUAGGAAUAUUCAGAAAUUUUUUGUUAGUGAUUUUGUUGAACAACAUAAUCAUAUCUUCGUACCAGCAGAAUGUACGCAUAUGUUACCAUCCCAAAGGAAGAUAUCUGCAUCACAGGCAACCGAAAUAGAUUUAGCCGAAAGAUCUGGAAUCCGUCUUAAUGCUGCAUUUGAGCUCAUGGGUAAUGAAGUUGGUGGAAGGGAGUCGCUUGGGUUUACAAAACUUGACCAAAAAAAUUAUUUGAGAACGAAGAGGCAAAACAGUUUAGCAUAUGGGGAGGCAGGUAGCAUUUUGCAAUAUUUUCGUGACAAAUCAUUGGAGAAUCCAUCUUUUUUUUACUCGGUCCAAUUAGAUAACGAAGAGCAGAUUACAAACAUAUUUUGGGCCGAUGCUCAAAUGAUCAUGGAUUAUGGGCAAUUUGGUGAUGCUGUGACUUUCGACACUACUUACAAGUUAAAUAGUGCACAUAGACCAUUUGCGUCUUUCGUUGGAUUUAACCAUCAUAGGGAAACUGUGAUAUUUGGUGCAGCUUUGAUGUAUGAUGAGACCGCCGAUUCUUUCGUAUGGCUGUUUAGAAGAUUCUUGGAGGCAAUGUCAAGUAAGGCGCCAAAAACAAUUUUUACGGAUAAGGAUGCUGCAAUGGCUAAGGCCAUACCUAUUCUCAUGCCUAACACAACCCACCGCCUUUACACUUGGCAUUUGAUGCAAAAUGCAUUAAGGCAUGCAAAUUCUAUCUUCAAGGAUAAGGCGAUGAAGGAUAAGGAGAUGAAGAGUGUUUUAUACACGUUUAUAUACGACAUUGAGGAUGAGGAAGAGUUUAUGUUAAAAUGGGAGGAAAUGCUUGACAAGUAUGAAGUAACAGAUAAUCAUUGGUUGAAGUUAACAUUUGGGGUCAAGGAAAAAUGGGGUUGGCCAUAUGUUAGAAAUGCAUGGGGUGCGGGCAUGAGUAGCACCCAACUUAGUGAAUCCUUUAAUGCUUUCUUGAAGGAUUUCAUUCAAUCUGAUCAUAACUUAAUGCAAUUUUUCAUGCAUUUGGGUCGAGUUUGUCUGAGAAAAGGUACAAAGAGUUACAAGCUGAAUAUGCUCUAUGCCAAAGUUGCCCAGGGUGAAUAUUAA